UCCGCUAGCUUGUAAAUUUCUUCCCCUCUAAUCAUCCUUCUUCCCGUUUAGCUACUCGGCUUUGGACAAUCGCUACACCUGACUCCCCAGUUUCAUACAUUUAACCGGCCACGAACACAUACACCAUGGAUGAUUUUGACAUGCUAAACGCGCACCCCGCUGGAAACGGUGUCGGCUCAGAGGAGGACCCCGCUGCCGCGUUCUUGGCCCAGCAGGAGAGCGAGAUCGCCGGGAUUGAAAACGACGAAGGCUUCAGCAUCCUGGACAGCGGAGAGGUCCCCACGUCGCUGGACGACCCCAGUGAUGGUGCCAUCAAUGGAGAGCUCUAUGGGGAAAGCAAUGGUCCAUCAGAUGCUUAUGCAGCAAUUUCCAAUGCAGACCGGCUGCAGGCUGAACCUGAAAGCCUACGCAAAUGGAGAGAGGAGCAAAGUGAACGGCUUGAGGUGCUAGACGCCAACUCUCGCACACAGGAGUCGGAGUGGAAGGACAAGGCCAAGUUGGAACUGGAAGAAUGGCACGCCAGGCAGAAUGAGCAGCUGGAGAAAACUAAAACCAAUAACAGGGUACUGGAUGAAGACUUCUACAAGCAGCCCUUCUCUGAGCUCAUUGGUUAUGUCACACACAUUAACCAUCCUUGCUACCGCCUAGACCAGGCGGCUGAGGAGGCCAUGAUUUCAGAUCUGGAUGAGAACAACCCCGGCACAGAGUGGGAGCGUGUUGCUCGGCUCUGCGACUUCAACCCCAAGUCCAGCAAGCAGGCCAAAGACGUGUCCCGCAUGCGCUCGGUGCUCAUCUCCCUGAAGCAAUCUCCGCUCGUCCGCUAGGCAGCCAAGGCUGCUUCCGUCAUCAUUCCAUAUCAUCCUCUUAUUACCACACACAACCAACCAACCCAACUACUGAUGUCCAAUUGUCUAUAUUCUCAAGACAAAAGGGGCUUGAACCUCAUCUGUUCCUAUCUGUUUGCCACACAUAGCCCCCAAAAUAUUUUUACCUGUGUGGAGUGGACCUCUAUAGACUAGUCUGAUCCUCUUCCUUGUUGUAUAAAAUGAUCCGGACAUGAUUGAGUUUAUGCCAGAAAUAACCAUGGUUGGUGUUGUUGAGUAAACGUCUGUAAGGGUAGUGGGUUGGACCAUUAAAAGGGAAGGGUUGAUGUUUGUUUUGGCCUAUAGCUACACUAAAUCCUUGUCCCUCAUGGCCCCGAAACAAUAUCAUUCCCAUGAUGCUGUACUCUUAACUCUUUACCCGUCAGUCUUAUGAGUCUUUAUUGGUGUUGAAUUGAUUUAAUCACCUUUUUGUCCUCCCAACACAUCUCCUCAUCAUUUCCCAUCUUUACAGAAAAGUAUUGAAGGAUUUUUGUUGUGUAUUUUAAGGACCAAACUACAAGAAAACUGUCCUUUUUUGAAGUGUGUGUAUGCGUGCCCACUUUCAUGUGUGUGGAGUCUGCUUGUGGUAUGUUGUGUUAAAUUUUCCAAUCUAUGCAUUUCCUUUUGAAGAUCCUCCCUCUUCUCCAGUCAGGAACUGAACAAAGUCCAGUCAUUACAACAUAUGUAACCUGUUAGAAUGUGUGUUUAAACCUCAAACAAAUGUGUGUAUGAACUGUGUGUACCUUUGUACAUAUACAGAAGGCAAUAUAUAUACAGAAUAUAAAACAUUUGUCACUGAAAUUAGACAGUUGUGGUUUUAAAGAGAACUAAAUAUCAGCCAGCUGUUGCUUGACCAUGUGUGAUCAUUGUCCUUUUGAUUUCAAUAUCAUUAAACGUUGAAUGAAA